CUCUCUCUCUCUCUAUUUGUGUGUCCCCAGAUCAAACGCUUCUCUAUUCGUUUUGACUUCUGAAUUCUGAGUUUCUGAUCUCGACCUUUUUGCCGUCGCGAGCAACGUAGCCAGCCAUCCUUCCGAGCCGAUUUCAAGCCACCUGCAACACUGAUGCUUAAUUUUACGGCCUACGACACCAGAGUUGGCGUUUUCAAAGAAUUGGGAAUCUGAAAGGUUCUUUUGAAUUCUUGAGAAUGCAAUGUUAAACAUUGCAUUUUACUUGAACCCAAGGGAGGAUUUUCCAAUUGGAUGUUUGAACUCUACAGUGGGAGCUGCGUUUUGCUUGGGUGGUGCAAGACAUUAUGUCAGGAGUAGAGGACACCAGUGAACAAACCAUGCCAUUGCAAAAAGAAGAGGAGGCGGCUGUAAGGAAAAAGUAUGGUGGAAUUAUGCCCAAAAAACCACCACUCAUUUCAAAGGACCAUGAACGUGCUUUCUUUGAUUCCGCUGAUUGGGCACUUGGAAAGCAAGGUGUAGAGAAGCCAAAAGGACCACUUGAAGCCCUUAGGCCAAAAUUGCAGCCCACACAACAGCAGACUAGAUACCGGAAGUCUCCUUGUGCCCCGGCAGAUGGCGAAGAUGGAACUGCUGCAUCUGAGGAUACAACUGGUAAUGAAUGAGAAACUGCCGGCAGCAAUCGAUUUACGGCCAUUGGCGGUCAUUCUGGUGCUACCUCACCUUGUAUGGAGUAAUUUGAUGUUGUUCCACUUCGCGAAAAUAAAUUGACGAGACAUUUCAAUAUUGGACUAAAGAGAUAUGCAUAUACCUUUAUUUCUGCAGUUGAGAUCUGGACUCUUGUGUAUCAUUACUACUAUGUUCCAAGAUUUUACUCUAGUGGAACAUUAUUGCCCCGUUUAAAUGAAUACAUGUUUGGAAGAAUUUAAGGGAAAAAAAAAAAAA